CAGGAGCUGUUUUAAAAGAGGAGGAAAGCCUCCGUGCUCAGGCAGAGAGGAGCUGAAACUGGCGGGACGUGCAGGAAGAGACAUAACAGAAACCAGGAGAGCAAAACCGGACGAGUCAGUCACGAUCCGUCCUUUGGCCUGGCAUCCCUCAAACGCCAUCUGACCUCCUCUAUCUGAACAAUCCCGGGGGCAAAGAGAAAGCAGGUUAACCCAGUGAGACCUAAGUGAACCCAUUUCUAGGCUCUUCAGGUCUUACUAUGAAGCUUUUGACCGCAGUUCUCCUCAUAUUGGUCCUUGUAAUCUGCUUUACCAGCGUAGAAGGAUCAAAAUGCAAAUGCUUAAGAAAGGGUCCGAAAAUAAGAUUAUCUGAUAUUCAGAAACUUGAAGAGCGGCCAAAAUAUCCAUAUUGCAAGGAACGAAUGAUCAUAGUCACAAUGAAAUCACGAUUCCGAGGUGGCCAUCAAUACUGCUUGCAUCCUAAACUCCCAAGUACAAAAAGAUUACUUAAGUGGUAUACAAUAUGGAAAGAAAAAGAAAGAGUUUAUGAAGAAUAAGAGAGUGACGUCUAGUAGAAGAAGUGGGAUUGAUUAAUUGAUGGGCAUAAGAAAGAUGGACAACAAAGAUCACUUCUCACAAGACACAACUCAACAUCUAUGUUAAUUAUAAAGCACUUUUCUUGUUACCAAGGAUCACUUUUUACAUUUUAUAGCUGUAAAAAAAGCCACCAGAUUUCGUAAGUGUCUUUAUAUAUUAGAUCCUAUACAUGGCUCCUUUCUAGUGAAAAAUAUCAUGAAUCAUAAUCUUCAUUUAAAAUGUAUUUGUAUAAUCGUAAUUUCAUAACCUCUGUUCCUAUGACUCUAUAUUGGGCUUUAUAAGCUCAUAAAAUGAAUCUUAAUUUCUUAAAAACAAAAUCUAGAACAAUCACUCUUUUUUAGCAUGGGGAGGGCAGGUUUCUAGUCCACAAUAAACCUUUUUGGUGUGUCCUUUUCUAUGGAGUGAGAGGGGCUAAAUUAGGGAUUGUUCUGUACUUUGAUAUCUACUGCUGUAAAAUUUGGAAAUAAGAUUUCUCAUUACAA